GGAUAAACCAUGGGAAUCAAGGGUUUGACCAAACUCAUAGCAGACGAGGCUCCGGAAGCUAUCAAAGAGCACAAGGUAGAGCACUACAAUGGACGCACUGUCGCUGUGGACGCCUCCAUGGCAAUAUACCAAUUUCUGAUUGCCAUUCGUCAUGGCAGCGGUGGGGCGGCCGCCUCGCAGCUCACAAAUGAAGCGGGGGAGGUGACCUCCCACAUUCAAGGCCUUUUCAAUCGAACCAUCCGCAUGCUAGCAUCGGGCAUCAAGCCCGUCUUUGUCUUUGACGGGAAGCCUCCCACCUUGAAGGGUGGGGAACUUGAUAAGCGCCGGGAGAAGCGAGAGAAGGCGGAGUCCGAGCUUAAAAAGGCUCAAGAGGAAGCGAACGUGGAGGAGCAAGACCGACAGAGCAAGCGGCUGGUGCGGGCGGGCAAGAAGGAAUCAGCCGACUGCAAGAAGCUUUUGGAGCUCAUGGGCGUCCCCUGGUUGGAGGCCCCCUGUGAGGCGGAAGCUCAAUGUGCUGCCCUGGCCAAGGCAAGACUCGACCUUUUUUUAUUGUUUCCUCCUCUUGACGUGCUUAUCGACUUCUCGCGGUGA